UACCACUUAGACAGGGUGCGCGAGCGGGCGGGAUUGUCUUCACCAAUCAGGCAGGAGGAUUAUCUGUGCGGCCGGGAGGCUGAGGAAGAGCUCGGAGGCCACGGGGCCCGGAGCCGGGAAGUCAAGGGCCCUGCUGUCUGAGGAGGGGGCGGCAAGAUGGCAGGCAGCGGGCCCCCGUAUCCCCCCCUCCCUGGGGUUAAUAUGUCACGGGCAGAGGCCAGACAGCUGCUGUGUCCGGACGGGAGCCCGUGGAUCUGGCAGCUGCUGGAGCAGUGUGUGCGGGAUGUCUGGGAGUACUGGAGUGUGGUCAUAGGGCUCGUCUCCAUCGUAUGCUUCCUGUUCGCUGCAUUACCCCAGCUGUAUGUUGCCCACAAGAAUGGAAGAGUCGAUCAAGCACUUUCACUUGGAUUUUUGCUAUGUUGGUUAGGAGGGGACUUUACAAAUUUUAUCGGCUGCUAUUUGACCAAACAGUUACCAAUCCAGAUUGUUACUGCCAUAUUUUAUGUCAACAUGGAUAUAAUCAUGAUCUCACAGUUUGCCUACUACAAAUGGAAAAACAAGAAGAUGAAAGGAAGGGUAAGCCUUAAAGGCUUUUGUAUAGGUUGGGUGAUUUUUUGCAUUACCUUGUCCGUAAUACUCCCUAGUCAGCUGCUUCUCAGGAACCUAGAAAGGAAUGCCGAUCUGGAAUUGAACCAGGAUUCUCUUGGAAUUACAGAGAUGUCCGGGUUCAUUUGUGGUUAUAUUUCUUCUGUAUUUUAUUUGGGCUCUCGUUUCCCUCAGCUCCAUAAAAAUUUUCAGAGGAAAUCUACAGAGGGCACAUCCUAUAUGUUAUUUGCAUUAGCAAUGCUUGGAAACUUUACAUAUGGGUUGAGUCUCGUUUUAAAACUGCCUGCAGUUCGACACCAUAAGAACCGCUAUAUACUACACCAUUUGCCCUGGCUCAUCGGAAGUUUUGGUGUGCUCGUACUCGACUUUUUUAUGACUGCACAAUUCAUUCUCUAUAGAAAACACAAGACAACACAGUCUAACUUAAUGGCGCUAGAAGUGGAGCCUUUGCUUGUGGAUGAAGUUGAAACCUAAUCUCUCAGCCCAAACUUUUCUAUAUUUGGUUUACGUUUUUUAUUUGGGUGAAGACUUUUUCCUUUUUAUUUUUGAGGGACCAAAGUUUUGAUUGAAUUACCUUUUCAUUUUUUUGGUUACAUGAAGAUAACAGCAGAUUUCGUUUUCAAUUUCCAUGUUGCCAUGAUUAUUGCUGCUUUAUACAAUAACUACUUAAUUUAUUCUUGUUUUUUACAGUGAUACUGUUACAUACCAAAAAUUCUGAAAUUGUUUGUCAUCGGCACUGUAGAUCUAACAUUCAAGAAGUUUGUAAGAAAGUUGUUUGACUGGCCUGGCUCCAUUUUGGCAAGCGGCAUAUCUGCUAUCUUAAGCUCUAUGUUCUAGGACCAUCUAACAAUGUGUGCUACAACAUAUAGUUGUCCUGUUUUAAAAUGAAUGGUAUGGGCUUAGGAAGUUUAUUGCUAAUUUAGAUUGAAACAUAACAUCGAGAGGAAUAUUUAAAGGUGAUGUUUCUUCUAGAAAUGUCCUAAUAAUAGAGCUGAGCUGACAAUAUUCACUUAUAUGGGAAAGUUUUCUAGGCAUGCUCUGUGACCUGUACACAGGUCUUUGUGUAUGGAGCGGGGAGGCUGAGCUCUGUCCCUCACCUAUUCUGAAUGGUCUGAUCCAGUCUUAUCCAUAGACAGGUGUUACAUUUUGAUAAAAUCCUGCCUGUGAUAGAAAAAAUUCUCCACAGAACAGGAAGACUCAAUAUAAUUUAAGGCGUAGUGAUGGUCUCCAAACCGUAAACCUCCAGAAGUUUCAAAACUACAACUGCCUGCAUGCUGAGAGUUGUAGGUUGUAGUUUUGCAACAUCUGCUGGUCCAUAUUUUGGAGACCACUGGUAUAGAUGUUAAAAUGUAAAAACAAACCUGAAAAAAAAAAAAUGUUUAUCCUGAAAACUUGAUUUAGGCUGGGUUUACACAUUGUAUUUUGGUCAGUAUUUUUUUUUACGAAACCAGGAGUUGGACCUAAACACAGAAAUAAGUGCAAAUAUUUCCAUUAUAUUGUUUUCCCUUCGGUUGCACUUCUGAUUUUAGCUUGAAAAAAAGAGUCACUGGCCAAAAUAAGCAUUAAAGGGGUACUCCCAUGGAAAACUUUUUUUUUUUUGUUUUGUUAAUUAUUAUUAUUAUUAUUAAAGGGGUACUCCCGCACUUAGACAUCUUAUCCCCUAUCCAAAGGAUAGGGGAUAAAAUGCCUGAUCGCGGGGGUCCCGCCGCUGGGGAUUCCCGUAAUCUUGCAUGCUGCACCUCAUUACAAUCAGUCCCCGGAGCGUGUUCGCUCCGGGUCUGAUUACUGUCGACCCCUCAAUGCAAGCCUAUGGGAGGGGGCGUGGAUAGGGGAUAAGAUGUCUAAGCGCUGGAGUAUUGCUUUAAAUCAACUGGUGCCAGAAAGAUAAACGGAUUUGUAAAUUACUUCCAUUAAAAAAUCUUAAUCCUUUUCUUUUUGGAUUUCUCUGAUGUCAUGAGCACAGUGCUCUCUGCUGACCUCUGCUGUAAGUUUUUGGAACUGUCCAGAGCAGGAGAAAAUCCCCAUAGCAAACACAUGCUGCUCUGGGCAGUUCCUAAAAUGGACAGCAGAGGUCAGCAGAGAGCACUGUGGUCAUGACAUCAGAGAAAUCCAAAAAGAAAAGCAUUUCCUCUGUAGUAUACAGCCCAUAAAAUGUAUUUGAAGGAUUAAGAUUUUUUAAUAGAAGUAAUUUACAAUUCUGUUUAACUUUCUGGCACCUGUUGAUUUAAAAAAUAAAAAAAAUAAUAAUAAAGUUUUCCAUGGGAGUACCCCUUUAAACAAUAGGCCAUUUUCUGAUUCUUCUUCUGGAUGAAGAAAGGUAGUGAACCUUUGGUCUAGUAGACUAAACACUGGCAUUUUUGGUGCUGUAAGACUCAAUGAUGGCAAGAUACAUGGUAUAAUGCCACAGUUUGUAAUACAAGGAAUACUAACCUAUUAUAAGCUUUCUGUAUUACUCUUAUUUGUCCAUGUUUAGACUUGCACAUAAGAAACCUAUGACUUUUUACCAAGAAGCUAAAAAAAACAACUUGUGGACACUAGGUAAAUUGUAUUCAGAUUUUAUAAUUCUGUAAAACACACUUUAAUAAUUGUAUUAACUUAUAUCCAUGGAUCAUGGAUAUCUUCCUCCUUUUUUAUUAUUAUUUUUUUUGUCCUCCCAUCACACUUCUAUUUACAUUAAUAAUCAUUUCCACUUUUGAUAAUGUGUUAUUGAAGUGGUUGUUUCAGACUUAGGAAGAGAAAUUUUUUCUCAAAGAAAUACCACCCCCCUUACUCGUGGGCUGUUUGGCAUUGCAGCACCACCUUCUUCACUUGAAUGUGAGUGAUAUUUAUUCUGGAAGAGGCUGACAUGUGUUUUUUAAAACCUCAUACAACCCCAUCAGCUGUUGGAUUCCUGUAAAAGGAAAUAUUAAUAUUAUUAAAAAGGUGUAAAUGAGAUUGUAUAUUGUAACCUGGUGACAUGUAAAAAUGUAAUCUUUGUGCAAAUUAUUUAUGUUUUGUAAAAGUUGUAUUAACUUUAAUAUUUGAAAAUUACUGUCACAGGCCAGUUUAGUGAUAAGAAGGUGAGCUGUUAGCCACCUGGAAAUUUCAUAAAAUGACUUCAUUCCCCAGAACUGAAUAUUUUUAUUUUUAUUUUUCCUCCCUCCGGACCAAAAUACUGCCAAAGUCGUUUGUAUGUGUGUGUGUUUGUAUAUAAUAUUAUAUAAUUACCGUGCGUAUAACACGCACUUUUUAGGCUAAAAUUUUUAGCCUAAAGUGUACCUGCAUGUUAUACGCCGAUAAGCCGCUGCAGUUCAAUGAUUUAAAGCGGGCGCUUUAAAUCAAUGAACUUCAGCGGCUUUGCAGGUGCAGAGACCUGCCGGCUUCUCUGCCCCUGCCUGUCCUGGGGUCUAGAGCCCUGCUGCCGGCCCUUCUCUCCCCCUGGCUAUCGGUGCCGCUGCCCCAUUGCCGGCGCCGAUAGCCAGGGGGAGAGAAGCGUCAGCGGUGCCUCCCCCAUCCCCGG